AUGGAAGUGACUGAUGUUGAGGUGGAGGCCACCGUAUUCUUCCAUGAGGGGAGUGAAUUGUUAAGUGACCUCAAAGAUCAGUUAGCUGCCCUCCCGGAAUUGAAGGACCUAAGCCCUAUUGCGGAUCUAGACAAUGCUAAUAUUGGUGAACCUGACGAAACUACCCAAGAAAUGGAUACUAAAGUACGAGCUAUUUCGGAAAAGCAUCAUAGCAUUCUUGUUGGGGACGGAAAUGCCGUGCCUACACCGGCGAGAAGGGUCGUCUGUGAUCUGGAUGUGAAUGGAACUAAGCCUAUUGCUCAGAGGUCUAAGCAAGUGCCACACCAUCAUCUACAGAAGGUAUAUGACCUGUUGAAGAAGCUGUUAGAGACCAAGCUGAUCGAAUACUCGGACUCUGAAUGGGCUUCUCCCAUUGUCAUUGUGAUGAAAAAUAAUGGAGUGGACAUCCGACUCUGUAUUGACUAUUGA